GUAGUAUCCACCAACAUCUCCGCGGAGAUGAUUGCAGGUUUAAAAAUUAGCGAAGAACCCACAAGAAACAUCACGGCUCGUUCGACUGGAUUCGAUAUAUAUCUCCGACAGCCUCCAGGAUCACGGUGGAGGGUCAUACACAGCCCUACGAAUCGUCUCGAUAUAUUCUCCCCACCAAUAUCAACAAGAUAUACGAAGUACUAGGAUGAAUGUGUCAUGGACCCCAACAGGAUGCAUAACAACAACUGCAAUGUAACCCAUUAGGGUCCCAUUAGGGUCAGCCUCGACUCCCCUGAUAGUAAAUCUCCGGUCACAUCGUUCCUGGGGGACUCGUAUCGGUCGACAGCUAGGGGCCUGCGCCAAGAAAUACGGGUGAUCAGCGUCGGUCGUGACUGGUUGUUCGCCAAAUUGAAUACGAGGAUCUGCAGCUGAGGAUCCGUGCCUGGGGAAGUCAUUUCGCACACGGAAUCGAAUACUUAAAGAGUCUAGGAACGGACGCUGUCAGCCCGGUGGAAGAGAUUGCUUUCUCCUACUUACCGGCAUAUACCUAUUUCCCGUACCUUUCGGUCUCCCACCGGCAACUCUCAGCCCGACAAGAUGAAGUGGUCAACGUUCAUGCCCCUAUCGGCCUAUGCACUGGCCCUGCUUCCCUCCACUGGCGCGUGGCAAUUUACCUGGACGGAUGCCAGCAACACGACCCAUAUAGAAUCCGGCCACGGGCCCUCCGAAUGCAUUCGGGUGAACCACGAAAAGGGCGGGCUGUUUGCGAUUGACUCCAAGGGGGAGAAGAACAUCAACAUGAUGCUAUACCACAACCCUGACUGUAAGGGCGAGCCCGCGGGGAUGGCGACCGAGUAUUUUUCCAAGGAAUCUUCGGUCGACAUCCGUGGCUUCCAAGUUGUGAGUCUCUCGACCGGGUCGAAUUCCACGACCACCGCCACCUCCCGUCAAUCGUCUUCUGCCACCAAGAGCGAAACCAGCGCAGCGACGGCUACCCCAACGAAGUCGACUACGGGCACCUCACAAUCGGCGGGAACAACCACGAGCGCGAGGGAAACAAGCUCUCCCACGCCCAAUGCAUCGGUGAGGUUGUCCUUGACGGGUCACGACAUGGUGAAGACGGCGAUCGGUCUAGUUGCAGGAAUUGCGACAGCACAAUGGCUGUGCUAGUGUGGGGAUUAAUCGCCUGUUUGGGGUGUCUUGAUCCUAGCAUGAUAAUAAAUGUUCAAUGACAGCUCCUACGACUCGCUCAUUUCGUAGAGAACAUGUCUAGUGGUUAUGAGGUCUGGUUAAUCUGCCUGGGAGCUGUUUUUACCAACUUUAUUUAAUUUUUUUUUUCUUUUUUCAAUAUCCCUCUGCGUAUUAUACUAUCUCCAUUUUCAUAUAAUAUUAGGUGGUGUGGUGGUAGCACCCCAUUGCUGUGAGAGUCCUGUAUGGUAGACCCUGUCCAAAUUAUUGAAC